GAAACCCCAACCCUCCCUACCGGAUCUGGUUCAUGGGGAAGAAGCAGAGCCAGAAGUGACUCUGCGUGCUGCUGCUUCUCCUCCUCCGGCUGGGAAAACAGCAGCGCAUGGACGUGCUGCCUGGAGGCUUUCCCCGCUGCCCCUGUUGGUUGGAGUUGUGACCAAUGAUAACAGAGGGAGGCCUGUGAGCAGCGUGGGGCAUGAAAUUUCGGGGUACCCAUACUAAGGACUAGUCUUCUAUCAAAAGUUUAGAGAUCGAUUAUUAAGAAAAUUUCCUGCAUUGUUCAUGGAGUUUUUCAUCAGUAUGUCUGAAAGCAUUAAAUAUAAUGAUGAUGAUCACAAAACUGUGUUUCUGAAAACAUUAAAUGAGCAACGUUUGGAAGGAGAAUUUUGUGACAUAGCUAUUGUGGUAGAAGACGUAAAAUUCAGAGCACACCGGUGUGUGCUUGCUGCAUGCAGCACCUAUUUCAAAAAGCUUUUCAAGAAACUGGAGGUUGAUAGCUCAUCAGUAAUAGAGAUAGAUUUCCUUCGUUCUGAUAUAUUUGAAGAGGUUCUAAAUUAUAUGUAUACUGCAAAGAUUUCAGUUAAGAAGGAAGAUGUAAAUUUGAUGAUGUCAUCUGGUCAGAUUCUUGGCAUUAGGUUUUUGGAUAAACUUUGUUCUCAGAAACGUGAUGUAUCUAGUCCGGAAGAAAAUGCCCAAUCCAAGAGUAAGUAUUGUCUGAAAAUAAAUCGUUCCAUUGGUGAAUCUAAUGAUAACCAAGAUGAUGAAGUUGAGGAAAUUGGAGAUCAUGAUGAUAGCCCAUCAGAUGUGACAGUAGAAGGAACUCCUCCAAGUCAGGAAGAUGGGAAAUCCCCUACUAAUACACUAAGAGUUCAAGAAGCAAUUCUAAAAGAGUUGGGGAGUGAAGAAGUUCGAAAAGUAAACUGCUAUGGUCAAGAAGUGGAGCCCAUGGAAACAACUGAAUCAAAAGACUUAGGAUCUCAAACCCCUCAGGCUUUAACAUUCAAUGAUGGCAUAAGUGAAGUGAAAGAUGAACAGACGCCAGGAUGGACAACAGCAGCUGCUGACAUGAAGUUUGAGUAUUUGCUUUAUGGUCACAGGGAACAGAUUGCAUGCCAAGCAUGUGGUAAGACAUUUACUGAUGAAGCAAGAUUGAGAAAACAUGAAAAGCUCCACACUGCUGAUAGACCAUUUGUUUGUGAAAUGUGCACUAAAGGGUUUACUACACAAGCUCACUUGAAAGAGCACCUGAAAAUCCAUACAGGUUACAAGCCGUAUAGCUGUGAGGUGUGUGGAAAGUCUUUUAUUCGCGCUCCAGAUCUGAAAAAGCAUGAAAGAGUGCAUAGUAAUGAAAGGCCAUUUGCGUGCCAUAUGUGUGAUAAAGCUUUCAAGCACAAGUCCCAUCUAAAAGAUCAUGAAAGAAGACACAGAGGGGAGAAACCUUUUGUUUGCAGCUCUUGCACUAAAGCUUUUGCUAAAGCAUCUGAUCUAAAAAGACAUGAGAACAAUAUGCACAGUGAAAGGAAACAAAUUACUACAGCCAGUGCCAUCCAGAGCGAAACAGAACAGUUACAGGCAGCAGCUAUGGCAGCUGAAGCAGAGCAGCAACUGGAAACUAUGGCUUGUAGUUAAAGACAAAAGCAGAAAACUUAUCCAAAAAUAACUUAAGUAAUUAAAUUGAACAAAUAUUAAAUGUUGAAACCUGUUAAGACUGAUCAUUAUCUUUUCAGGAUAAAAUAUUUUUAAAGGGAUUGAACACUGCAUAGGAGCAUAUUAGCAGUGCUUGGUUAGGUAUUUUAAAAUAUUUCAAAGAUAUGUAUUCUUAGAAUAAAAAAUAAUUUUGUUAUUAGCACUAACAUGUUUUAAUUUCAGAAAAUGAUAGAGUCCUUUAUAAACAAAACAAGGAAAUCUCUGAUGUUUUACUACAACCUUUGCAUACUUGUCCUUUGUAACCAGUAAAGCCAAUUAGGUAAAUUAUGUCUAACUGAAAUUUAUAGAAAAAGUUAUAAAUAUGGGAACAAAAUACGCCUUUUUAAAAGAAUUUGGGGUGUAGUAAUGCAAGGACCACAUAGUACAGCUAGAACUCAUAACAUUAAUCUUUUGGAAACCUGACAUCUUUAUUUCCUCCUUUUUUCACUCAUUCACUCUACUUAUUAGCUGUUAGUGAACGGAAGGGUUGGCAGUUUGAGUAGUUGGUCAAGUAGAGCUAUUCUGCUUCUUUGUCCACCUCCUUAAAUUCCUCUCUUUAAUCUAGAUGGUGAAUAAAAUACUUACUCUUUUAAAGAUUAGACUUUUUCACAUUUAUAAUGGCUCUAAAAGCAGGAGUACCGGAUGCUGAUGGGGGUGCCCUCUGACUUUGAUUUAGCAAGUUCUUAACUAGACUCGCUAAAACAACCAAACGAAGAUGGAUCAUACCAGCAUCGAUCUUCUGUAUAGUGAAGACAUAGUCUGAGAAAUCUCCCGUGGGAAGGAAUGAUCCUGGCCAGUGUUUCCAACUAUCAUUUCCCCAGAUCAGCGACAUGUAUUUUUGAAGUAAUUCAGACAAGAUUUUGUUUUGCUUUGCUUUUAUUUUGUUUUUUUGGGAGGGGGAGGAGGGGAGACAGGAAGGGGACAGAGAAGAGUUGUUAAUUGUUUCUUACCACUAGCUAAACAAAGCUUAAAAUACUACAAACUGAGCUGUUUCCCAUAUAUGGAAAUAGAGAGUCACAACUUCAUAAUAUUGUUAAAAUGAUCCUAAAGAACAUGAACAUUUCAUUAUUUUAAGUGUAAAUAAUAUAAUUAUUAUCAAUGUUAUAUUUCAACUAUAAAUGGGCAAAAAUGCACUCUUUUGCACAAAAGUUUGGAAUAAAUUGGUCACUUAAGAUGACCCAUGAAAUAAAAGUUGUCAGACCAA